AUGGACGAUGAAAGAUGGGCAAUAUUGUUCGAUCAAGAAUAUAUUCGAGCCGAAGAUUAUAAACGCUGUUUACAAACCGUGAAUGAUUUUAACCUCUUCAUCGAUGAACUUCCUGAUUUGCUCAGGAAGGAUGCAUUAGUUGAGUGCUCUAACUGUCACAAGAUUUCACUUCCUCAACGAUCUCAAGAUGAAGAUAUGCAGCAAUGUUACCGACAAAAAUAUUCACAUAAAAUUGAAAGAAUUUCUUCUGUAGAUGGAUUACGUGACACUAAACUAGAUAUUACGACUUUAAGAUCACUUUUUGAAUUGGUCGGAAUGAAUUUUGAAGAAUUCAACAAAUCUGCAAAUUAUUUCUUUGAACUAUAUAAGGUUUACAUUUGUCGAAAAUGUGAUACAGUUUCAUCUUUUCCCGAACAUGCCGGAUAUCGUAGUUCAAAUCAUAAGCAUUCUUAUAUGUUAACUAGUUUAGAUCAACUGAAAGGCAUAAAGUUUGACCUAUUACAUUUUUUUGAUAUUCUCAAGAAUUGUGUGGAUUCUUUACGCCCGGAAGCGCUCUCUCACAAAUGGGAUAUACACUUUGAACCUAUUUCGUUAGGAAAAAGAAUGUUCUAUUCUGGUAAUUUUGGAAACACUGAUUGGAAAGAAUAUAUUAAAAUUGAUGGUAUCCAUGAGGCACUUGAAAUAUACACACGAUUUCUUGAAACCUUACCAAAAAAACUUUACAACUGGGCACUUUACAAAUGUCUUGACUGUAAUGCAAUAUCUUCAAAUUCAAGGAUAAUUGGUCCAUGCUGGCAAACGAAUAAUUGGUUCGACGAAAAUCAUUACUUACCUCAGAUGCCACAUAAAUUUGAAAAAAUUGAGGAUGUCGAUGUUUUUUUAAAUUCAAAAGUCUCAUUGAAUAUGUUGGGAAGAACAUAUGCUCAACGAAAUAAUUUAAAAUCUAAACCUUUACACAAUUUUUUGCAAGGCAUUUUGGGAUUUCCUUAUUUUGUUAAACAUUGCGAGAUGUACGUGUGCAUUCAAUGUGGAAACCUUUCAAUAAUGAAACAAGGUAGUUUAUGUAGGUCACCUUACCAUAAACACGUAUUUAAUAGGAUCAUUGAUGUAUUUCCCUUCUAUGAUGAAGCCAUUAAUUUAUUUGAAUUUCAGAAUAUCCUUCGAACAGCUUUAGAUAUUACUUACCCUGAUAAACCUGUCUAUAGAACCAAGUUUGUGGCUGGCCUUCAAAGUUCUCCAAUUUAUUCAAAAAAAAAACAUAAACUCUCUGAAAAGUACUAUAUUUUUGUCAUUAGCAUAAUGAGUCAAAAUCACACUUCUGAUUCUCGGUUAAAUACAAGUGAAGGCGUUCAAAGUACAAGCAAUGUAGACGACUUAGAAGUGGAGGAAGAUAUUGAGAAUGGUGGUGGCUUAAGUAGUGGUAGCCAAACUCUCGGAGAGUUUUACAAAGAGGUAAAUUCCAUAACAGAAAUGAUUCGUUCGAUAAGGGAAAAUAUUACAGCUCUCAAAGAUUUGUAUAAAAGAACCUUGGCUGUAGAAACGGAAGAUGAGAGUUCUCGUUGA